CUGUUGUUAUUAUUCGGUGGUGUACACAAGUCGGAUCGCGGCGGACCAGAUUAUUAUUGUGAAUGAAUAAUUCACAGUAGCAAACACUAACAAACUUAAUUGUUUAUGUACUCGGCGAACGAAAACGACGUUUAAAACAUAAUAAAACUAUCAACAAAACAUUGAGAAAAGUGUAAUAAAUUAAUUAUUAAAGUGAAACCUUGAAAUUGAAAGUUUUAAUUUGCCUAAUUUAUAAUACCACAAGAGCCAAAUUCAUUUGAAGGAAGCCAAUAAAGCCACUUACCAACCCCCUCAGGGAAACAAGCUCUUAAAUCGAAAAUGUACAAGAAGCGACCUUGAAAAAAGAAUUAAGCCCAACAAAUGCAUUAAAAGAAGGAAGGCCUAUGACGAUUAUCCAAUUUUACCUCCUCACGCCAAUACUUGUAUGUGGAAAUUUACACACAUGUAUAUCAACUUUUGAACAUCACUCUGUUUAACAUAUGAAUGAAUAGAUGAAUGAAUUGUCUGCCCAGCGUUAUGUCAGUACAUAUUUUCGUUGAGGUGUAAACAUUUUAAUGCUAAUGAGAUGGUACCGCAAUCAGACAACUUCUAAAGAUGCGCCCACGGUAGCUGACCGACAACAACGACAACGAACGACGGCCAUAAAAAAAGCAAAAGAAAGACAAAACUAACCACAAGGAACCGGGGAGGCGAAUUCUUAGACCCCAAUCAAAUUGUUUUUGCUGCAACCGCGGCGGAUCAUGGUGGACAUGCGAAUAUGGCUGACAGGGAGCUAAAUUAGUUUUAAGAUUGACAUACUACAGCCCUUUCGGAGCAGCAAGUUCAUCUGCUGCGCUGCAGUUAAUAGUGGUGGCAAAUCCACUGAGAAAGGGCCCCAAGUACACACCACAAGAGAAUAAUACCCAUAACCUGACAAGCGUACAUUGGAUGUACGAACGUAUGUUCACUCAAACACAUGCAUGUUUGGCCAAAAAAUAACAACAAAAUCGAAUAUUUGACGAAGAAUCUCGAAGAAGCAACAAAAUAGACAACCACCAACACUACUCCAGCAGCCAAGCAAAGGCACAAGAACGAAUUUAAUCCUUACGCUAAAGGCAAAAACCGGAGGUCGAUCGAUCGAACGAAGGAAGGCAAUAACGAAGCGAAACAAAACAAAAAAAGGGGACUAAAGCUCCUCCACUCAGCAUGACAUUCAAGAUUUUCAGACGUGGCUCAGCACGUUGUAUUGGCCUGUUAUCGGCUUUUAUUACCAUUUUGCUAUGCCUCUACUACAUUUCUAUGGGGCAGCCAUCGAUACAGCCCAAGGAGCAGCAACCCAUUGUGAGUUUAUUCACCAGUGGUGGUGGUGGCGCAGCAGUAGCUGGCCAACAGCAGGCCAAUUUGGUGCACCAACAACAGCUUCGCUCUUACAACGGCAAAGCAAGGCAUGGAACAAACAACGAUGACGAAAUUGGCCCAUCAUCUCUGAAGCAACAACAUCAGUCGAUAGGAAAAUCUGCAGUCAAUGGAGCAUCGCUGCUGCAUCAGGGCAAUGUGGAUGUGGAAAAUGUGCAUGUGGAUGGUGGGGAUUCCUUCGGCAGCAGUGUGUAUGUCAGUAAUGCUCAAUGGGGCGAUAAAUGUUAUACUUUAGAUGAGAGUGAUACGAACAUAACAGCCCAAGAGGAGUAUGCUAAAUUUGAUUUUCAGCCUGAAUGGGUUCGCACCAAGGAGUAUUGGGACAGGGGAUUCGAGGAGCGAUUUGAGAAUCAGAAAAAGGACAAACAAAGGCCGCCACUUAAGGUUUUUGUAGUUCCACAUUCGCACAAUGACCCCGGCUGGCUUAAGACUUUCCUCAAUUACUUCCAGAGCGAUUCAAGGCAGAUUUUAAAUCUAAUGGUCACAAAAAUGCAGGAGUAUACCGAUAUGACCUUCAUAUGGUCAGAGAUAAGUUUCUUGCAGUUGUGGUGGGACCAGGCACACCCCACAAAACAACGCGCCCUACGAAGACUCAUCAAUUCGGGCAGAUUGGAAAUUACCACCGGCGGCUGGGUAAUGACAGAUGAGGCAAAUGUCCAUCUCUAUGCAAUGUUGGAUCAACUGAUCGAAGGUCAUCAAUGGCUGAAGAAUAAUCUUAACGUUACCCCCACCACUGGUUGGUCUAUUGAUCCCUUUGGUCAUGGCAGCACGGUACCUUAUUUAUUGUCGGGCAGUAAUUUUGAAGGGGCCAUAAUUCAACGUAUUCACUAUGCUUGGAAGCAGUGGUUCGCAAGGCAUCAAAAAGGCGAUUUCAUAUGGACACCAUAUUGGCACAACUCUCAUGGCAAAGAUAGAGAUGGCAAAAGGAAGGGAAGUUUGUUAACUCACAACAUGCCCUUCGAUAUAUAUUCGAUAAAGGGUUCCUGCGGUCCCCAUCCAUUUAUAUGUCUGAAUUUUGAUUUCCGCAAAAUUCCCGGCGAGUAUACGGAGUAUUCCAUAAAAGCCCAAUUUAUAACCGAUGAGAAUGUUGAGGAAAAGGCCCAGCUCUUGUUGGAACAGUACUCACGCACCGCUUCGUUGUUUCCUCACAAUGUGGCCCUCAUACCGGUGGGUGAUGAUUUCCGCUACAAUAAGGAGCGUGAGGUGGAUCAGCAGUAUACCAAUUACAAAAAGCUAAUCGACCACAUAAUGGCCAAUAAACGUCUUUACAAUGUCGAUAUAACAUUCGGGACGCCAAAGGACUACUUCAAUGAAAUCAAAAAGAGAUCCACGGAAUUCCCCACAUUUAAAGGAGAUUUCUUUGUUUACUCGGACAUCUUCUCCGAGGGUAGACCGGCCUACUGGUCGGGUUACUUUACCACACGACCCUCCUAUAAGAUUCUUAGUGCUGACUUGGAGCAGAAUUUGCGGGUGGCCGAAAUUCUAUUUACCUUGGCCUACAACACGGCACGGCAGAAGCGUCAUGAAAAUGCCAUAAAAAUAUUCGAAAAGAACUAUGAGAAAAUGAUACACGCCCGCAGAAAUCUGGGUCUGUUCCAGCAUCACGAUGCCAUUACAGGUACCUCGAAGGCAGCAGUCAUGCGAGACUAUGGAAUGCGACUCUUCGAGAGUAUUCAAGACGCAGUCCGAAUGCAACAGUCGGCCAUAGAGUUGCUGAUUCAAAACGGCACAGAGAAGCACAACUUCUUGCUCAGUGAAUUGGAACGAGAUAAUUUCAGUAAACUACCCCGGAAAACUCCCAUACCGCUGGCUACCUCCUCUCCUAAUAGUGAUUUCUCCAUUGAAUUUACCUCCUCAUCGGCCGAUGGAAAAUCUGCCAAUUUUGUCGUCUUUAAUCCAUUAUCGCACAAACGUAUAGAGGCUCUGACCAUCAGGACAACCACACCAUAUGUUAAAAUCCUAAAUAACGCUGGCGAAGAACUACGGAAUGUGCAAAUAAAUCCCGUGUGGAACAUUAGUGAUCCCUAUGAAAUGGGCAUGAACAUGAUGGGUGCUUCAACCACUGCUCGAAUACGCAUAUCUCGUAGGCAAUAUGAGGUUAUGUUCAUAGCCGAGUUGGAUCCAUUGUCAUUGACUUUGUAUCAAGUGGCUGUGGAUGAGGUGAAUGCCAAGCGCCUAAUGUCGACAAUAUACUGUGAUGAAUGCACUGAUCAGUUGGAUGGAAGUACCACAGAAGCGCCACAGAGUAAAGAGGAGUUUGUUGUUAAAUCCAAGCCACCAGGUGAUGUCCAAUUGGAAAACAAUUUCAUGCGUUUGCUAUUCGAUGAGAAAACUGGUUUUUUGAAGACCAUAACACGUAAAGGCAUCAACCAACAGUUGCUAAAUCCCAUGCAAUGCGCCAUUAAAUUCGCCGCCUAUCGUAGUGCCCAAUUCCAUUCUGGAGCGUAUCUAUUCAAAACCGACCCGGAACAAAGUGAAGCGGAAAAGGAUGUCCUGGAACAAUACGAAGACAAGCGCAUUAUAAUCACAUCGGGUUUGAUUGCCAGCGAUGUUACAGUCAUUUACGGACCAUUCUUGGCACACACAGUGCGUAUCUUCAAUACGAAAACUCAUCUGGAUGCGGCCAUGUAUAUUGAGAACGAUAUUGAUUUUGAGCCACCUCCGAAGAAUAGAGAAACCGAAUUGUUUAUGCGUUUCGUAACUGACAUUGACAAUAUUGCCCCUGUGAAUGAGGGUAGCUUGAAAGACGGUGAUACUAUACCAGAAUUGCCCGAAUUCUAUACAGAUCAAAAUGGUUUCCAAUAUCAUAGGCGUGUUAAAGUUCCCUCCAUAGGCAUUGAGGGCAAUUAUUUCCCUAUAACAACGGCGGCCUUCAUUCAAGAUGAAAAAGUAAGGUUCACAUUGCUCACCACCCAUGCCCAGGGGGCGGCUAGUUAUGAACCCGGCCAAUUGGAAGUAAUGCUGGAUCGACGCACUCUUUAUGAUGAUUAUCGGGGCAUGGGUGAAGGUAUCGUAGACAGCCGCCUAACACGCCACAAAUUCUGGGUGCUCAUCGAAGACAUGCCUGGCAUGCAGAAUACCGGCAGCCCCAAGAAAUAUCAAGUGCCCAGCCUCUUAACAAACUACAUUGCCAAUGGUCUGCGAUAUCCCCCCAGCGUGUAUUUUGUGGAGAAUUUCGAGAAUCCCCCUCAAUUGAAAACGAAAGCCUCACUGCUGGAUAAUGACGCUUGGCCUUGCGAUCUGCACCUGUUGAAUUUCCGCACCCUUUCCGAGGAACAGCUGCAACUGUUCCCCUCCAGUUCGGCUUUGAUGGUGCUCCAACGUCAAGGUUUCGACUGUUCCAUACGCAAUUCACAACAAACCGAUCUACUUGCCAAUGUGUGUCCUUUCAAACGCAAGGGCAUGGGUCAUGUGAAUUUUAACAAACUGCAUUUAAGUUCUUUGGAGACGACCAGCUUAACGGGCACCUUGCCAGCACAUAAGCGCAAACUUUUGAAAAGUUUCAACGACAUCACCAUAGAGCCCAUGGAGUUACUAACAUUCAAUGUUACCUUUAAGACUUAGAAUUGCAAUGGGAGCGGCGCCUUUGUUUUGAGUGCGAAACCACAAAGCAAAGGCAAAUUUUAGUUGUUAAUUAAUUAUUUAUUCUUUCUGAGAAUCUCAAAGAAAAACAAAAACCAAGCAACCAACAAUGUUUCUUAUAUUGACUGAUUUUGUAGUUGUUUUCGCUUUUAAUUUAAUUUUAUGUUAACACCUAACCCCUCCCCCCACACACACCAAACGACAGACUGAGUUUGAGAAAACAUCACAGUAACUACCACAACAACAUCAGCAGCUAUAAACUAACGCCCUCUAUCUAUCCUUUCCGUUGAUUGAUUAAUCAUUCCAAGAAGUAAUGGACAAUUUUUUUCUUUAACCACAAUAGCUUUCACUGCAGUAUUCCAACAACAACAGCACCUAAAAACAAACAUUUAAUUUAUUCAUAUUUAUUUAUUUAUUUGUUUUUGUCUAUUAAUUCUUCUUUAUCUUCUUUACAUGCAUACCUCUUUAGUUUGUUCUAUACAAAGGAAAUAGUACACAUUAUAUUUUUAAGUAUUUUUCUAAAUUUAUACAUGUAAGUUAUUGUUUUUUAUAUAUAGAUAUUUAUAUAUAUAUAUAGCAUAUAUUAUAAUAGAUAAUAGGUUUGUAUGUGUGUGUGUGUGUAUAUAUACAUAGUACACAAUGUAGAAUGUCCAAUAUAAGGAUCAGUGAAAUGUUGUUUCCUUGCCAUAGACGCCCGACAACCUAAAUCUUCAAUUAUCAUGGUAACUUGUCAUCAUUUCAUAUGAAUCCAACAUUGCUGCAUUUGUCGGAAAUUAGAAUUAAUACAGAAUAGAAUGAAUCAAGUGCAAUAUAUGCCAAGACGUCCUCUCUUAUCCUUCGUAACAUACUAAAAAAAUAUGCUAACCUAUGUUCAAAUUGUAUUUAUUUAAAAAAAACAAAUCAAAAUAUACAUAUUUGGCUAUGCGCAAUAAGAGCCCCCAAUGAAAUAAGUCCUAAUGAACUAGGUCGUAAAUAAGAUAAAUCCCAACUUAAAAAUUGAAAUAAAACCCCCAAGAAUAUGAAGGCAAAAAUUAAGUAUAUCCCAAAAUUUGGAACUAAUUUUUUACUUAAGGGUCAAAAAUGAAACAAGUCCCCGAAAUUAUGAAACUGUCCUCAAAAAUUUGUUCACACCUCAAUAAGUCCCAAAAUGUAUGGUGUUAAUUUAGGGCAUCUUCUUUGGGAGUUAUUUCUUUGGGGUUUAUUUCGUAUAGCCUACAUAUUUACAUAGAUAAGACUACGAUGACGGCGACAGUACAUGUUAUUUGUAUGUAUGUACCUUUUCUCUCUCUGUUGGACAAAUCCAUGUUAGAAAAAAUACAGCAAUUGUACUAAAAUGAAAAACGAAUAUGAUGUAUAAUUAUUAUUAUAUUUCGUUAUGGUUGCCUCCUAUGGCUUGGUCAUUGAUUUCAUAUAUUUUUCAUUAAUCUCCCAUCAAUAAAACCUUUCAUUCUAGUGAUAUUCAUUCUCAUGGUCAAACAGCCCGUAUCUCCCUCCUUUGGGAGUUUAAUGAAAAAAUAAUGGAACAUUAUUAUUAUUACUCGUACUCGUAGUAAAACGCACUAGGUUUAUUUUUCUCAGGCAUUAUUUAAAGGAAAUAUACAUUUACACAUUGAUGAUAUUAAUAUUUAAUUUUCAUAUUAAUAAUUAUUACAAUUGAAAACAUGAUGUGGCAUGACAACCCAAACAAAAAGCUCACACAACAGACUAUGUUCUAAUUAUUGGACUUAUUUAAUUAUUUUGCCAUUCUGUUAUAAUCUGAGGCGAAUUGAAACAAGAUAAGCUUUGGGCAAGGCGAAUGACAUAAUCACCAGGUAGUGUACCGUAAACAGCCAUGCCAAACUAUUUGAGAACAUCACCAACACGUCCCUCCAGCCAGGCCUGAAACUCUGGCCUGGCCUGUAAAAUUUGUUUUACCUCUACCUAUCCUCCAUUUCACCCCCUCCAGACGGCAUAGAGAUCGUACUAUAUGCAGACGAUUGCACUAUCAUGACAACAGACCCCCUAUCCAUUGUUGACAUUUGCGAUAGGUUAAAGGUCUACCUAAACGAACUUGCCGCUUAUUACGCUGCAAGAGAUUUGAAGAUAUCUGCCAUCAAAUCUUCAGUCACAUUGUUCACUACAAAUACGCGUGAGCUCAAACACAUUCUCCCCACGCGCCACAGUAAUUUGCGAUAAGGUCAAAAGUAGACACAAGGUCCUCGAGUCACCUGCCGGCAGCACUUGGGGUGCUGACAAAGAAAUCUUUUUGACCACGUACAAAACAAUUGACCGGUCUGAGGGUUGUUGUUGCAGAAGUGUGUUAUACACUGAGGCGGUAGCCCUUAUCGAUGAAGAAAUCCAUAGGGUCAAUCCGGUGCGUGCAAUCGGUUGCCAUGGGCUUGACCGGUUUGAGGGUAGUUAUGCAACGUCUCGUUGAAAAGGACAUAUAUCCAGGACAACGAAGUUCUGGAUAAAUGACCAGUACUGUCUUAUGUAGAACAUCUGUUGUCAGAAUUGCCAUGAUAUGUUUUUCACAAAUAAAUGUGGCCACUUGCAGAAAUAUCUCUAUUGUGAAUGGCAAAAUAAAAUUAAUAUCCUGGGGCCGAAUUACCGAAUACGUGAAUGAGUAAAAUCGUUCGCAAUCUCUUUAUUGUGAAUUAUGUAUCUCUUUAUUCAACGGGAAUUUUUGAAAUUUAAGAACGCAAUUAUUUAUAGGAACUUUGAGAUAAAAAUGUAUUCAAAAGUGGCAUCACAUACAUUAAAUACGAGAUGAAAUAUCAUUCGAUACGAAAGCGCCCUCGAUCACCCCUGUUUGUUGAUGUCGAAAAAUAGUCUCGGACGGUAUUUAUUUUCAAUGAGUUAUCAGUCUUUUUGACACUGACGAAUCUAUCUACACAUGAAAAUACUUCCUUUUUGCCCGAAUUGCCGUUUAGGCAAACUCUUGAUGGCUAUAAAACCAAUUUUUUUUAUUAAAUUAUGUGCAAAAAACCUCAUAAAAUAUGUCUUCAAUCCCCACACAAGUUUUGCAAAUUUUAUUUGUAAAUUUUCCAAAUAUAUUCACUUUUUUGACAGGUUGGCAAAUGACGUUGCCACCUCAUGCCAAACAAACAAACUUGCGCUGGAAGCUUUUUUUUGCGGCUUAUGUAUCCUGGGGCCGAAUAAACGCAUACGUGAACGAGUAAAAUCGUUCGAAAUCUUUCUAUUGUGAAUUAUGUAUCUCUUUAUUGAAAGGGAAUUUUUAUCAUUUAACAACGGGAAUCUUAAAAUCGUGCUUUAUUUAUAAAAACUUGGACAUAAAAAUUUAUUUACGAGUGGUAUAACACCCAUUAAAUACGAGAUGAAAUUUCAUUCGAUACGAAAGCUCACUCGAUCACAUAUCGUAGAAGGAAAAGGGCCUUAAUUCGUGCCUCCAUCAAAGAUCCUAGAAAAAUCGAAAUUUCACUUGGAAAACUAAUUAAUGGCUGUAUCUUCUUAACUAUGCUUCGUAGAGGGAAAUGGGCUUUAAUUUGUGACUCCAUCAAAAUUCCUUGAAAAAUCGAAAUUUCACUUGGAAAACUGAAAAUUGCUGUAUCUCCUUAACUAUGCGUCGUUGAGGGAAAUGGGCCUUAAUCGUGACUCCAUCAAAAAUCCUUGAAAAAUCUAAAUUUCUCUUGGAAAACUUAAAAUGGCUGUAUCUCCUAAACUAUGUGUCGUAGAGGCAAAUGGGCCUUAAUUUGUGACUCCUUUAAAAAUCGAAAUUUCACUUGCAAAACUUAAAAUGGCUGUAUCUUCUAAACUAUGCGUCGUAGAGGAAAACGGGCUUUAAUUCGUUCCUCCAUCAAAGAUCCUUAAAAAAUCGAUAUUUCACUUGGAAAACUUUAAAUGGUUGUAUCUCCUAAAGUAUGCGUCGUUGAUGGAAAUAGGCUUUAAUUCGUGACCCCUUCCAAAAUCCUUUAAAAAUCGA